AUGUCCUCGUUCACUCCCAAUGAGCGCCAGCGCAGAAUCGUUCACUUGUCGCAGCAAUGGGGCGUCGUUCUGCCUCCAGUUCCUCCGCCGUUGUCGCGGCCGAUGCAGCCGCCCUCGUUUCGGACAGCCGCAGAUGAUGAAGUCGCCGAGGGUCUCGUCCAGCGCCAGGCCGCCGACUCAGCCAAGACGCGCCCCAAGAGCGGCCUAAGCCGAGCAUUCUCCUCAAGCAAUCUGAAAAAGGGUAAAGGCUGGGAUGCAAAGGAUGUUCUCGAUGUCUUGGCGCAGUGGAUUGCCAACUCUGGCUCCCCGGGCGUGGCUGAGGCUCUGAUUCUGAAGCUGACCUCGGUCGGCGUCGACUUGACGGGCUCGCAGCAGCAGAAGGGCGGCAUUCUGAGCAGGAGGAGGAGCUUGGACGGCUUCGAUGGUCGAUCCCAGCUGCUACGGUCUGCGGUGGAGAGGAAUUUGAUGGACAUGGUGAGGGUUUUGCUUCCUCAUGCCGACUCUCUGGCCCUCGAUGCGUCGCUUCCCGUUGCCAUUCGCAGUGGCAACACGCAGAUUGUUGAGAAUCUGCUGAGAUACGGCGCCAAUGCAUCACGAUUGACCGAUGCACAGGUUGCUUUUCGCCAAGCGUGUUCAAUUCCUGGUCUGUCUGGUAUUGUCAGUCUUGUGCUUCAGUCAGAGGGUCGACCUCCAGCAGCCUUGAUAUCAGACGCUAUGAUUGACGCCGCGCGGGCUGGUAACUUGCAAAGCGUCCUAUAUCUUAGCCGCUCGAUAGCGGAUGGAAAUCAUAAGCAGGCUGAGGCGUUGAGGCAGGCUGUUGAUUUGGGACGCAGGGAUAUCGCGGUGGCCAUCAUCAUGGGAAACCAGCCACCACAGCGACCAGGAGUAGAUAAUGCUUUCCAAGCUGCCUUCGAACAUCCAUCAAUGAAUCCGGACACAAAGUUAGAGUUCGCAGAACUGUUACUUUGCGCCGGGGCUGGAGGAGAAUUCUUAUCCCGAGCUCUCGAGCUGUCCUGUGAAACCCAGUUUUACGACAUGGCCAACAUGCUGGCCAUGUAUGGCGCCUCUAUUGAGUCUAACGAUGCUUCAAUGCUCAAAGGUGCUAUUGCUCGCGGGCAGCUGGAUCUGGUGAAUUCACUUCUGCAUGAUAAAACAGCGCUCAGCCCUCCCGCUGCAUCGAGCUGCGUCUCGGCGAUCCCAAAGCAGGCUGCAGCUGAAGUUCGCUAUAUGCUGCUGUGUCUUUUGCUUAAAAAGGGCGCCAACGGCGAUGCUCUUAAUCAGGCUCUUAUAGACGCGGUUGAGGCUGGCGAUGCAAACUCAACCGAGCUGCUUCUCAAUCCUUAUUUCACCACGGCACAAACAGACGGUGCCAAGCCUAUGAACGGUGGACGCCACGCCGUAGCGUCUGUUGAUUAUCAAAAUGGACGAGCGGUUUGUGCUGCUAUUAUCCAGUCAAACAUUGAGCUGACACGGAAACUCUUGGCUGCACGUGCUUCGGCCAACACGCUGGCAACCGCCUUUCCACUUACAAUGAGACUGUCCGGUGCAGAUCGAUACCAUAUCGCUGAAAUCUUUCUCAAAAGGUCAUUGCCGGCAGCAAGCUUACAUGCUGCGCUUCAGGAUGCUAUCGGCGAAGAUAGAUCGAAGAGAGAUGGGGCACUCAUCAAUCUGCUCCUACAACACGAUGCCGAUGUAAAUUUCAACAAGGGGGCUGGGCUAUCCUCUCUCAUUGCACAAAAAGAUGUGAAUCUUCUAGUGCUGUUGUUGAAAAAGGCGUCUCCACAGACAGCAGCAGCAAGGACACACGACGUUAUGCGAGUCGACGACCAUAGAGCGAGGUUUGACAUGAUGACGUUGUUGUUUCAAGCGGGCGCUGCUUCUGGCGUCGUUGAAAUUGCAACUUCCCUGCUGGAAACCUUGAGUGCGAAGCCUGUUGAUAUGUCGCUUCUCCAGCUGUUGCUUCAACAAGGCAAUGCGGAUGUGAACGCUUUUGAUGGCGCAAUAACGACCAAGGCCACUCAGAAUCCUGAUCCCAAGGUUUUGGAGUUCGUGAUUAAUCUGGGGAAGCCAGCGGGCAACACGAUUACUAAAGCACUACAAUGUCUUGCUUCAAUUCCGCCAUCUGAAGGGAAAACUUCCAAGUUACGAGUGCUGCUGCCAAAAUCCGAAGGUAAAGAAGAAUUAAACGGCAUCCUUGCUCAGGAAGUACAGUUUCUUGCGCGAGAUACGGGCCGGCAACAAGCGCCACUCACCACUCUGGAGAUAUUGCUAGAGGCAGGGGCCGACCCGAAUGCGUAUAAAGCAGCCUCUCUGUGCCAUGCGGUUAUGGGAGGCAAAAUCCAUAUCGUCGAUCUUUUAUUUGGCCCUCAGUGCCGCUUGAACCAAGUUUCUCUGGGCUAUGCGCUGCCUCACGCGCUGAGACUGCAAGAUGCGAUGAAUAGGUUGACGUUGGCGAAAAGAUUGGUUGAGGCUGGAGUCUCCCCACAGGAAGUAAACCGAGCAUUGAUACAUGCAAUCAAGACUUAUCCCUCGGAUUUUGGCUUGAUACGAACCUUGGCAAGCAGAGCCGAUACUGCAGAUGGCGAAGCUUUGUCUCUUGCUAUAUCAAAAGAGUCCGUAGAUGUGACGGAUAUUUUGCUCACAGCUGCCAAUCACUCAAUGGACAACAGAAGCUUGGCUUUAACUCGCGCAAUGGAAAUAAAAAAUCGCCCCAACAGGAAUACCUUGUGCCAGCGUCUUCUAGCCUAUGAGAUAUCACCUACUGCGGCUUCGAAUGCCCUUCUUGUUGCUGCUCGUGAGGGUGAUGUCAAGCUUGGCGAUAUUCUCAUGUCUCAUGGCGCGAGUAUGUCGCAGAACAACGGCCAAGCGGUUAUAGAAGCAUGUCGCGGAGGAUCUGUCGAAGUUUUGAAAGUCCUAUUGGGAACAGACAUGAAUGUGAAUAAUACGACUCUACAAGAAGGUUUCCAAGCAGCUACUGAGGUUGGGGACUUGAAUAAACGAGCCAUGAUAUUCGAGCAGAUUCUCGGCAAAGGGUUCAGAGGCGAACUCGUUGAUGCGCAGCUAGAAUCAGCAGCAAGAUACGGGGAAGAUGGACAAGCCAUGUUAAGGGUGCUGCUAGUUGCUGGAGCGGACCCAAAUUUUGCCAACGGCGAGGCUGUCGUAGCGGCAACAAGAAGUGCUUUUAUCAAGAACUUGGAGCUUCUUCUUGGGCUGUGGGGCAAAGGUGACAGUCAGAAGAAAGCAUCUCCUCCUACACUUAUCCGGGCGCUCAAAGCGUGCUGGAGCCUUAACCGCGACACACGAUAUCUCAUAAUUGAAGACCUGAUGAAAGCGGGUCUUCCUGUUGCCGAGGAUCUACAUAUUACACUGAAUGAUGCAGUCAAUGAAGAAAACUCUGAGGAUAGGCUAGUGAAGCUCUUAUUAGACUAUGGCGCUUCUCCUUUAGCCAACGGAUGCAAGACUUUGGUCGACGCCGCGGAAAAAGCCCUUUCGUCGUCACUCUCCCUCUUGUUGGAAAUUGAUAUUCCUCAGCAUGAUAUUGACAUGGCCUUUAGCAAUUCCUUCAAGGCUGAAAAAUUCGACGCUUGGUUUACACAAUCUGGAUUAGAGACGGUAAACAUGCUUCUUGAUAAAGGGGCCACGGGUGACGCUUUGAGUGAAGCGCUUGUUCAAGUCAUGAAGAGCUCUGACAAUCCAGAACUUACUAAUCAGUUCUUCAACAUCCUCACUGCUCAUGAUCCCGAUGUUAAUUAUCAGCAGGGAGAGCCGCUGAGAUUGGCUGCCUCUCAAGCAAACAUCGACUGGACUCAUAGACUUCUUGCUUGCCACCCAUCCACGGAAACUCUCACGUUUGCUUUUCACUGUAUAUUUGAUACUGAACUUACCCAGGACUUUGUUUUGGAACUUUUCCAAAUGUUUGCGGAUUAUCACGAAGGAGAUGUCCGUGUCGAUGUGAUGGCUACACGUGCUGGCCAUAUGCCGGUGCUGGGGAGAGCCAUUUCGCAAUAUCCUCGCUCUUCAACCAUUUUGACGACGUUGUUGGAUGCAGGAUACUACUAUGAUCAAUCUAUGCUCUAUAAGCUUCAUCCAGAAAUUGAAGAGGAAGAAGAGAUGACACUUCUUACAUGGGCCAUUGCACAGCCGCAAAAGAAAGUCAGUACUGCUCUGAUUCAAAUUUUGGUGGAACGCGGAGCCAAAGUGAAUAUUGGAACCAAGGUCUCAGGGACAACGCCCCUGAUGCUCGCUGUGCGAGAGCGUCGCCCGGACAUUGUAAAGACACUUCUACUUGAGGGGGCCGACGUCGAUGCCAUGGACUUUCUUGGGAGAACCCCAAUGGCAAUGGUUACACACCUGAGUGGUGAAGUUGCUAUUCAAAUGAUGUCCAGUCUCCUUGCCGCAGACCCGUCAAAGGAUGACGGGUCGCUGCAUAAUGCCGCUAGAGACCUCAACCUCCCAGCGGUCAAAGUUCUAAUGGAAGCAGGUCAUGACCCUGAUUUUCCCAGCCCGCUUCACGACGGCCGCAGCGCUCUUGGAGAGGUUUGUUUACAUGGGGCUGAUGCUGGAGACAUGACAUCAGAACGAGAACGAAGGAUGCAGAAAGUAAUGACUUUUCUGGUGGAUGCUGGGUCCGAUUUAUCUAUCAAACUCGAUGGCAAAUCUAUACUAUAUCUUUGCUUUGACUCGACAGAUCCGGUGGCCACGACUCGCGCGCUAUUGAAGAGUGGUAUGUGGAAACACAUCAACAAGCCGUCCAACCAGUAUGCAGAUGAAACAUUUGUAUAUUCACCCACGACGUAUGUUACCAAGUUUAUGUCGUCACACGAUGCCCACGAUGAGCUCCUCUCAGUUCUUCGUGCCAGCCGCGCAACAGAUGUAUACUAUGCCAAGGAAGGCGCACAGCCUGAAGGAGCAGUCGGGCUGCCAGAAGACAUGGAGGUUCGAGAACGCAUUCGAAAAGCUCGCUCGGAGCGGCUAGUUGAAGAAUCACAGGACUUUGCCAUGGCAAUGGCUAGGAAGCGAGAAAUCGCCUCCGUGGAUCAACAGAUACAGAGCCAGAGAGCAGAGAUGGAGGACGCACGCCGCAGGAGGCUGCAAUCUGAAGACCUUUCUUCCGUCCGAGCCAAGGCACAGCUUGAAGAGAGCCUCGCAAAUGACGCCUUCAAGCGCCGCCUCGUUGAACAGCGAGCCGUAACGGAAGCUACGCUUGCAAGCUCACGAGCCCUCGCCGCAUCCGACCUCGAGGCUGAAGAGGCGAGACAGCGCAAGGCGCUCGAGUGGGAGAAUAAGCUCAACUCGGAGCGCGCGGGUAAUGCGCGCGCGCUCAUCGAGAUGCGCAUCGGCGAGAGGGAAGAGCUGGAGCGCAUUGAUGUGGCGUCUGAGUCGCGCAUCCAGAGAAGACUGGAAGCGCAGAGGAGACUAGUUGAGAGUCAGGACAAGCUGGCGAGGAGAUUGGGGGAUGCGCCGACGGCACCGGGUGACCCUAGGAGACAGAUUGGGUAUGUGACGGAGCUGAAUUAA